AUGGCGCCUAAGAAGAUUCUCAUUAUCAUGUCCGACUCCGACCACUUUCCUCUGCACAACACAGGUACCGAAGGCAAGACCGUGCCCCAGCCCUCUGGCUUCUUUCUAAUGGAGCUCGCCAAACCGUUGCAGAAGAUCCUCGAUGCUGGAUACGAAGUCACCUUCGCCUCGCCAAAAGGCAAUGAGCCCAAGCCGGAUCCACUUAGCGAAUCCCUCAUCGCGUUCGCCGGAAACUUCUACGAGCGCCAGCGCGAGAACGAGCUCAUUGAACGCAUGAAGCGCGAGAACGGAUUUGCUUCUCCGAGGAAGUUCUCCGAUAUCUCAGAUGAAGAGCUGGAAAGCUUCGCGGGUGUAUUCAUCCCAGGCGGCCACGCGCCGCUGGCAGAUUUGGGUGACGAUCCUGAGCUCGGGCGGAUCUUAAAGCACUUCCACGCAGAGCAUAAGCCUACUGCUGUCAUUUGCCAUGGUCCAUACGCUUUUCUGUCCACCAAGGCCGCAGGAGACGGACAAUUCGCGUACAAAGGAUAUAAGAUUACGAGCUGGUCGGAUGCGGAAGAGAAGAUGAUGGAGACGAUGCUGCGGGGCGAAAUCGACAAGGUGGAAAGCAAUCUGCGGGACGCAGGAGCGGACAUGGUGGAAGGCGUUGGGGAGAAAUUUGGAGCCAUCACCGUGGACAGAGAGGUCGUUUCGGGAGGAAAUCCAUUGGCUGCAAACGCGCUAGGAGACAAGUUCUUGGAGAUGCUGAAAUCGUGA